AUGGGUGAUCCGGUCAACCGUCACACCGAUCGAAAAUUAUGGGCCGAUGGGUUAGAUGAAGCACUCAUUAACAUGAUGUAUGAGGACAUUUCCGCGCGCCGAGCAGAGCUGGGAAAGUUCGGCCAGAAAAAUUACAAUAUGUAUGUUAAACAACUUAAUCAUUUUGGUUCGAAGAUAUUUUCUACCGAACAAGUAAAUGAAAAAAUAAAGCGGCUAAAAAAGAGGCAAUACAUGUUUAUUGAGUUGCUGGGACAGCCGGGUAUGAAAUGGGACAAUUCCUCCAAAUCUGUGAUUGCCAUUGAUGAGUAUUGGGAAAAAGCCAUCAGCGUGAAUAAAGAUUGGAACUUUUUCCGAAAUGUGGAGUACUCGUUUUGCUCCAAGUUAUGCGAAAUCUUUGGCAUGCUAGCCCCCAUAGACACAACGCAGAUUCCAGCUGGCAAACAAGUGGAGGGCGGUGGUGAGGAGCGUCACCUUGGCGCUGAGGUGCAGAGCCCCACUGAUAUUUCCAUGAUAACACCAUCAUCUGGUCCUUCAACACGCAAGCGCGACAAGGGCGUGGUUGAGGCUUCAGCAUCAAAGCGGAGCAAGCCGUCUACGUCAAAAAUGGACAUAGAUGAAGGGGGUGAGAGAUUCAGCCGUUGUGUCGAAUUGUUGAUGGAAAUGAAGUCCAAAGUGCCGGUGAAUGAUUGGUUUCGUUCCUUCAACGCUCUACAUGGAUCAUCCAAGCUCCAGCGAGAUUUUUUAGCUAUGAAUGAUGAGUAUCGAUUGUUGUGGACGACCAAGUUUUGGUAG